GUUAUGUCACAUUGUUUACCUCAGGUGGGCUGUGACAUCUUCUCGUAUAGUUUUUCUUCUCUAACCAUCACCACAAUUCUCUCUUUAUAUGGAUAUCAAUUUUUGGAGGUAAUUUUUCCAUUUUUGUCAAAAACUUCAAAUCAAGCGUACCUUUGCUCCUCUUUGAAUUUCUAAGUUUUAAGGGGGCUCAUGGGCCCUUAACCUUCCCGGCUAUAAUCGAACAUGGGAAACUCUGUCUCAACUGUAUCUGCUGCUCAAAUUGCUGCGAGUCAAAUUGUCGGUAAGGUUGACGAACCUAUAGCGGGGCAUCAUGGAUCAGCCUUCUCCAGCAAGUACCUCAGCGGUGAAAUUCCUCCUGAAUGUCCAAUGCACAUUUCAAGAAAAGGUUCUCAGGCUAAUCAACCCGCAGAAUAUGAAAUCAAUCCUUUGAACAUGAUGGAACCAGCAAAUCAGAAACCUGCACCUGAUCAGCCAUUCCCUCUGCCUACAAAUAGAGAAAUAUCAUCAAUACCAAAAGCAACUGAAGAAGGUGGAUUUUGGGUGUACCCCUCCGCACAAAUGUUUUGGAACGCCAUGUUGCGCAAAGGUUGGCGAUGGAAGGACGAUGAUCUCAACCCUGCUGACAUGGAACAUAUUAUCAAAAUUCACAAUGCAAAUAAUGAGCAGGCAUGGCAAGAAGUUCUCAAAUGGGAAGCUCUCCAUGCGAAAGAAUGUAUGGAACCAAAAUUGAAAAGUUUUGGAGGUCGUGCGAAAGAUUACUCUCCUCGAGCAAGAAUACGACAUUUAAUGGGUUAUGAGUAUCCUUUCGAUCGCCAUGAUUGGAUCAUAGACCGAAAUGGGAAAGAAGUACGUUAUAUCAUUGACUACUAUGAUGGUGGAACUUUAGAUCAACAUCAUAGAUUUGCUAUUUUAGAUGUUAGACCAGCUUUAGAUUCAUGGGAAAGUGUAUGGGACAGAAUGAAAGUGGCAUACAUGAGAUGGAGGUACAGUGAUUAAUUACCAAGAAUACCAUUCUCCUAUUUAUUUCAUGUUUCUUUAGUCAAUACUUCACUUAGUGUUCUCCUCAUGUAUUUGCUGUACCUCAUCUUGAAACUGUAAUUUUGUUGUAUUCAUGUUUCUAUUAAAAAUAAUGAUCACUGAAUUAAGUACAUCUGUUACCUCCCAUACUUUGAAGUAUCAUGGGUGGCUGUAGCCACCUCCGGACAAAUCAAGGAACAAGAAAGGUUGAAUUUUGUCAAUGUCUAAGCUGCUAUCAUUUCUGGAAUGCCCUAUAAAAGCAAGUUACCAAAUGACAGUCUGCCCAAGCAUUGAAUGGGUCUAGGUCCGCAGUUUUUUUUAGUUCCUACCCUGCAUUAGCUAGUUAAUUAAAGAAAUAUUUUAAUAAAUGUUUUUAUGUGAUAUAAAAAAUUUUGUUUCACCUCGUAGCCAUUAAAAGAGAGAGAUAGGAGAUAAAAAAAGGAGAUAGAGAGAGGAAAAGAAACAUGUUUUCAGUCCUGAACUCUCAUAAUUAAAAGUAAAUGACAACCACAGGAAAUACAAUUUUCAAGUCAUUGAAGUAUCUUUGAUAAUAGGAAUCAUUUUUAGAAGAUAACUUGAUCGAUCAAACUUUCUCCGUUUUUUAAAAUAAUAUGUUUCCAUAAUUGCACUAUCCUUAAAAAUAAAUCUAAGUUUUUUUCAUGGUAGCAUUCAAUACAUCUAUGCCUCCCACCCGCCCCUGCCAUUCAUGCAAUAAUCAUCCAAUUUUCCAAAAAUUUAAAUUUGAUGAAGCUCAAAAUACGCCUGACUGGUCUGUGGUAACUAUGACUAGAUACUUAUAGCCAUGUCCAAUCUAAAACAAGAUGUGGCUGGCUUUGAUCGCGCAAUAGGCGAAAAUGUGGACCGAAACAUAUGAAUUAGGUCUAAGUUUGCAUUUACUUGUAAGGUAUGUCCUAAGCUUCAUAAAUAUCUUUAGUUUUUAAAAAUUGAUAAUUUUUUGAGGAAACAACUAGAUGAGUGCAAGACGGUUCUCAUUGCUCUUCAUAUUAAUAACUUCACACUUUUUAGAUACAUAUAAUGUGUAAUAUUUACAACUUUAGCAGCUUAUGCCACCCGCAUAUUCUUCUAUACAUAUAGAAUCUAUGCCAAAUAAGUUUAGGCACCUUUACAGUGAGGCAGAAGAUCCACUUUCUUGAUUCUUGUAUUUACUUUCAAUACUAAACUGAUGAUUGCUGAUCUUCUAAAAGUGCACAGACUUGCCACAUUUUAUUUUUUUUAUUUUUUUUUGGCCCCCCUAGUGCAUCUUUUGCACUUAUUAAGUUAUUACCCCCUUCAACUACCCCUUCUACCCUUUCCUAUUGUGUAGUGACACUUAAUCAGUUCUCUCCAUUUUUAGUCAUUUUUUGGAUCGUUAAAUAUCUUAGGAGUCCUCAGAGGAAACUUUUUCUUUGAAUAUAAUAAUUGUAAAUUUUAAGAAUUUGUGUUUUUCUUCUUGUUGGAAUUGUUUGUCUCAGUGUACUAUGUAUCAAUGAAAAUAAGAUAUAACUCCGAAUCAUGGUGAUAAAUUCGAUUGGUUACAGCUUUAUGUCUUAUAAACAAGAUAUUUUUUAAUUCGCAUUUGUCAUCUCACGUAAAUACUAGCUAUGGAGUGAUCAGUCACUCCUUUUGUAAAUUUUUAGCGCCGGCUGUAUCAGAGAAGGGGGAGGGGGCACUUCACUUGUUGCUUCAGAGCCUGAAACUAGACUAGUGGAACUUAAAAACACUGCAAACCUUCCUUAAGAGUGAUGUAAAUCUAUGGUUUAAAAUUUUUUCGAAAUUACAUUCUUGAUUUUGCAUAUUUUCUGUAGGAAGACUUUUGACUCCUCUUUGCAAUUGGAGGAUAUUCACGAUUAUACCUCCCUCUUGCGUCCUGUCACAGAAUUGAUUAAGGCUGUGUUAAAGCGACCGCAAUAAAAGUCUGACUCAUGGUUAACGACUAAAAAUUCAUAGUUUUAUCACUAUUCUUGAAAAUUCUGCUAAUUUUUUCUUAAUAUGAUGCUUCAUAUUUUCGAACAAUUUUCUACAAAGUAAUUUUUUUUUCUCACACACUCAUGCUCACAGAUGGCUCCUUAUAAGUGCCAAGGCAUGAAAAAACCUCUCUUGCAAAAAACGGAUUGAAUACAAUUACAUUCUGUAGAUUCAGGUUUCACCCGAGUGGAUACCAUACCAUUGGUGUAGUACUAGGUAUCUACUAUUUCAGUUCCAGAAUGAAUUAUUAAACUGAGAUAUUAGCAGGUGAUAAAUUAUCUUUGAUAACUUUUAAAGAUUACCCCUACCGCUCUCAAGUAUUACUAUCAUUUCCUCUCAAUUUUUAUUUUAAAUAUGCUCCCUCUCUCAAAAAUAAAAAAAAAAAAAAUAUACUUGCCCUCUCAACAAGACUUUUACUUAUCAUUUUUGGGAAUUUUUCUUUCAGAUUUGAUCAUAUUUGAGUUUGAAAACAAUCUAGUUCUGAUAAUUUUAAUCUUACAAGAGACAAUAAAAACUGCAAGACAGUAAAAAGUUUAGGCCUGAAAAAUGAAAGCUAUAUCUUAAGAGGAAAUGUUUGAGAGUUUUAAAACAAAAACAAAAACUGGACCAUACGCAUCCAAGUAGAUUAAAUUAAUGUCAAUCAAUCUGAAGAAAUUAUUUUCAAUUCCCGAGAAUUACCCUCUUUUUGGGGAUUUUACCUUAUUUCUUAAUAUGUUCAACCACCUCAGGCACUUUCUACUUUGAUUAAGGAAAACCUUUUCUACAGUAGAUAUGCUAAUCCUUGAGGUGUGUUUUUCUGCCAGUAAAAAAAGAAAAUGAAAAUUAGAGGGGACCGUUGUCAGAUUGUUUUCGAACUCCAUGAUUCAAUUGGAGCCUAGCAAUUCCCAAUUGUUAAAGAUUUAUCAAGACAUGUUAAUUUUAAGACCAAAGUUGUAAAUUCUGUUGUGCAUGUGUUAUGAAAUAAAUAUUGUGGAGUAAUUAGAAA